AUGGACUCCAUGCUGCAGAAACUCAACUCGGCGCUGCAGGAAGCAGUGGACGCCUUCAAUGGGCCUUUGCACACGGAUCUCCUCGGUACCUUCAAAGACCCCGAUUCUCUGCCACAAAGAGACAUGGGAGCUCGCACCGCCGUGUCCAGCAACAUCCCGGAUCUCCUCGCAGCCAUAGGACCGCAGUCCAUCGCAGAGCUCGCCAGCCGCUCCGGCUCCGCCAAGUCAAUGCGCGUGCUUCACAGCAACGGCAUCUUUGGCUACGACGCGACCAGCGGUUUUGGCACCGAUGAGAACAUCUUUGCCUACUUUGCAGCGCGCGGCCUCCAGGACAAGUUCCACGCGACGCUGGGUGCGGGCGCAGUCGCGCAGGCUCCCGGCACGCUGGCCGAUUAUCCGUGGGCCGAGCUAGGCGACGCAGUCGUGCUGGACAUGGGCGGCGGCGGCGGGGACUUUAUCGUGUCGUUUCUGCGAGCGCACCGGAUCUUGCGCUGGGCGUUGCUCGAGCUCGAGUCCGUGGUGGCCAUGGUGCAGCCCCGGUUUCAGGACGCCGACGGCGUAUUCGCAGACGUUGGGAAUAGGAUGGUUGCGCUGCAUGUCGGCGACUUUCACGACGCUGUUCCCGCGUACGAGGUGUACACGAUGAAGUGGUGUUUGCACAACUGGCGAGACGAAGAAGUCGUAAGGAUCUUGUUGGCCGUGCGGAGCGCCAUCAUCGAGACGCCACGGGUGAGGAUGGUCAUCAUCGAGGCGGUGCUUUCCGAGGGCCGCAGCUCGCGCGUGUGGCGCUAUGGGGACCUGACAAUGAUGGCGACGGUAAAUGGACAGGAGCGCACAGAGGAGGAAUGGCGGAGCCUCCCAGCGCGCCCGCGCUGGGAAGUCAAAAGCGUCUCGCCGUUGCGAAAUGCCUGGGCGUCAGCCAUUGACCUGAGGCGUAUCAGACUUGAGCUCAACAGGUCAGCGUUGAGUUGAAGGUUGAACUGGUGAAGUCCUUGCGCGUGAAUUGGCACACCAGGGUUGCCAAUUCGGCUUGGAAUCAAUUGUUCGGUAUCCCUCACAUCCGAAGUUCAGAUAAUUAUUAUUAUUAUUCCUACACCGCUGUGCCCUAGGGCGUGCCGGACCUUCAACAACUUACUGUACGGGAAAACCGCGCCCUCGUGGGCCGGGUGAAAAACCCAUAUCGACAAUUAAGGAAACGAUCAGUGUGUGAUCCUGCAAAUACAAAGUGGGAAGGCCUCUUGGCCUUCG